AUGCUCGGGUGGAUGUUGAAGCGUGGCGAGCAUGCGCAGGAGGCGGAUGCCGAAGACACAGCCCAGCUCGAUCAACCAGACACGCCGGCGCCGCUGUUUGCCGCGAGAGCUUUCAAGAGCGCGCUAUUCGGAACGCCAGCGCCACCCGGCGACGAGUCUCGGAGCAAGCGACAGGACAAAAAGGCAGGCCGAAAGACAAGCGCAAAGCCAGAAAGGGGCUCAGGAACCCCUACACGACCACCCGGUAUCCUCCUCACCCCGGGGACUGGGACCACGCGGCGGAAGCGCGUCUCCUUUGGCAACCAUGUCGCAGAAACAGCCAAGCCCGAGUCGCCCAAAAAACCCCAAAAGGAGAGCGCUAAAGCCUCCAAGAGCUCUGGCGCAGGCCCGCCCGCCAACGACUCCGACGGCGAGUGGGAGGAGGAGGAAGACGACGACUAUUGCACACACGACAUCACCGUGGACCUGAACGAGCCUCACUCCCAAUCAGGCCGGUACUGGAAGGAGGAGUUUGAAAAGUAUCACGAAGAAGCCAAGGCCGAGAUGGAGAAAUUGCUCAAGUAUAAGCAACUGGCAAAGUCCUACGCCCGGCAAAAGGAUGCCGAAGCCAUCCAACUCGCUGAGCGCCUCCGAGACGAGCAGCAAAAGGUGAUUGAUAUGGAGAAGAGGAUAGCGGAGAACGCAUCGCAGAUUGUGUCCAAGCAUCGCCACCCCUCCGACGCUGACCCCUCCGAGUCGCUCUCCAAGCUCACCAAGCAGACUGCCCUCGCGGCGCAGUAUCGGCAUCGAGUCCAGGAGCUGGAAGACGAGCUUGAUCAACUCGUGCGCCAAAAAGAUGGAAGCACUGAAGGCAGGGGCCGGCGGCGGCGCCACGUAGCUGCGUCGCCGACGACGCAGAAGACGCUGGUGGAGACGCAACGGGAACUCCGUCGAGCUCGAACGCAGCUCAGGGAGCUGGAUUCGCUUCGGGAGGAAGUUUUGACUCUGAGAGCCCAAGUCAAGGUCGCCGAGGCUCAGGCGAGCAAACACGAGAGGGCCGACGUGGGCUCCUCUGGAGAAGGCAGGGUUCGGACCUUGAAGGCUGACCUGGACCAGUCACGGGAAGAGUCGAGGAGGAAGACAGAGGAGAUACGUCAGCUGAAGAGCGAUUUCGAAGCUUUCCGAAAGGAGAGCGAGACCCACGAGGCAGACACCAAAGCUGUGCUGGAACGCGCUCACACCAAGAUCUCGGAUCUCAAGAGGGAGGUGAAGACGCUGAAGUCGGCUGGCCCAGAUCAGUCUCGACCGAGCAGCUGGCGUCCCCAGUCCGACGCGGGCCAGGAAUCGGGAAGCGUCACGCAGCCAAAGGGCAUUGCCGCGCCCGCUCUGCCAACCAUGAGCGGGGCAGCGGUUCGCAUGGGCGAGGCAGAGGACCACGGCGAGGUUGAUCUCCUGCACGGUCGGUUUGCACGAGUGGGUGGACCAGACACCAACCGCAGCAUCAGCAGGAACAGCAACAAGACGGGCGGCUCGAUUCUGGGCAACUCGUCCAAGAGCAGCGUCCUCCCGCCCGAGCGCCGUGCUGCGGCUCUGGCGCGGAUCGAGAAGAGGAUGGCGGAGAAGAAGCGAGCGCCGAGAAGCGGCGGAUACAACAAGGAAAACCAGCGGCCGUGA